CCCGCCGAGCCGCGACAUGGCCGAGGAGCCCGACGCCGCUCUCCGGCUGCCCGCGCCCGCGCCCGUCCCCGCCGCCGAGGGCGACGCGCCGCCCGAGGCGUCCCCCGACUCGGCGCCCCCGGAGCCGCCUUCCCCCGCCGCCGCCUCCCCGGGCUCGGAGGAGCCCGCGGGCGACGCCAGGAAGAAAAUUGACAUCUUACUAAAGGCUGUAGGAGACACUCCAAUAAUGAAAACAAAGAAGUGGGCUGUGGAGCGAACCCGGACUAUCCAAGGACUCAUUGACUUCAUCAAAAAGUUCCUCAAACUUGUGGCCUCAGAACAAUUGUUUAUUUAUGUCAAUCAGUCCUUUGCCCCUUCCCCAGACCAAGAGGUUGGAACCCUGUAUGAGUGUUUUGGUAGUGAUGGUAAACUGGUCUUACAUUACUGCAAGUCUCAAGCCUGGGGAUGAGCAACAGAGAAUAAGUUCCUGCUAAUUUAAAAUGAAUCUUUAUAAAGGA